AUGGGCCAAGUAUUCAGCUUCACUAACAUAUUCGGUAAGCUCUGGGGGAUCAAUAAAGAUAUAAGAAUUUUGAUCCUCGGGUUGGAUGGUGCAGGUAAAACCACCAUCUUGUACCGAUUACAAAUGGGGGAAGUGGUGACUACUAAGCCAACAAUCGGAUUCAAUGUGGAAACGUUAAAAUAUAAAAACUUGACAUUAAAUAUAUGGGAUUUGGGUGGCCAGACGUCCAUUCGUCCCUACUGGAGGUGCUACUACAGCAACACUGCUGCUGUGAUAUUCGUGGUUGAUUCGACAGAUAAAGACCGUAUUGCCAUCGCUAGCAAAGAGCUCCACAUGAUGUUGAAAGAAGAAGAAUUGUUGGAUUCGGCACUCUUGGUGUUCGCCAACAAGCAGGACCAGCCGGGCGCCAUGACUGCUGCCGAGGUUAGCCAGGCUUUGAACUUGACGGACUUGAAGGACAGGAGUUGGCUGAUUGUUGCAUCCAGUGCCAUCAAGGGCGAGGGUUUGACCGAAGGUUUGGACUGGUUGAUGGACGUGAUCAAGGACGAGCAGUUGUAA